AUGGAGUGUGGAGUGAGACAGGGAGGGCUGACGUCCCCUAGGCUGUUUAAUUUGUAUGUGAACCAGCUGAUUGAGAGGCUCGGUGGAGCUGGUGUCGGGUGUUCAAUAGAUGGCAUACGCAUGAAUAACCUUAGCUACGCCGACGACAUGGUUCUACUGAGCCCCUCAGUUGGGGGUCUUAAAAGGUUGCUGCAACUCUGUGAGGAGUAUGCCGAGAUGAAUGGACUCAGUUACAACGCCAAAAAAAGCGAGUUCCUUGUUUUCAGGGGAAAGAACAAACUAUCCAGCUUUAAACCAAAGAUACAAUUAUGUGGUAAUCCCCUGAAGCAAGUAACUGAGUUCAAGUAUCUCGGUCAUGUAGUAACCGACAGCCUGAGGGAUGAUAGUGACAUGGAACGAGAGCGCCGGGCUCUGUCGGUCCGAGGCAAUAUGUUAGCCCGCAGAUUUGCGCGCUGUACUGGGCAAGUAAAGCUGACCUUAUUCAGGGCUUACUGCCAGUCAUUCUACACGUGCAGUCUGUGGACGGACUACAGGCAGCGGACCUACAGUGCCUUGCGUGUUCAAUAUAACAAUGUGCUGAGAGCGGUGUUGAGGAAGCCUCGACACUGCAGUGCGUCGGCAAUGUUUGCGGAUGCUCGCGUGGAUGAUUUCUACGCGAUCAUGCGCAAGCGUGCCGCGUCCAUGAUGCGCAGGCUAAUGAGUAGUACCAACACUCUUCUCAGCGCAUUGGCCAGGAAACUAGAUAGUCCUCUCUGGAGGUGCUGGGGGGGUGCGCACAUAGGCGCCAAGAGGCUCCCUCGGGCUUUUUAG